AUGGGGAUCAGGAAUAGAAGCAGAUGUCUCGAUAAAAAUAAUGAUACAAGAACAAUGAAAGCUGUUGGCGGUCAUUACGUGUACAAGCUCGAAAAAGAUGGGAAUGGAUUAGAACAACUUAAAGUUACAAUGCCGAUUAAAAAUCAAUCAGAAGAGAAUAAAGAAAAAACUGAAACAAAUAAGCAGUGCUUUGUUUUAACUGAACGUUUACAUCUCAUUGGUAAAAAUGUUGAAACUGGCAAAGAUGAAGAAGAUACGGCUAAAUCAUCUCGAGCAAAACGAAAAACAACAAAAGCAGCAACAAAUGCUGGGACAAGUAAUAAUCAAGAAGAAAAAGAAACAAGUCUACCAAAAGUGAAACGGUAUAUUAUCAUCGUUCAUGAUCCGCUUUCGAAGAAUUAUACCAUUGAAGAAGGGAAAAAACGUCGUCGUGAUCAGGAUAAAUUUACACGAUAA